UGAAGCGUAAGUAUAAUUCUACUGUUAGCUCCUCCUAUUGUUUUGCUCUUUCGUUUCUUUCUCACCGAUAUCCUUUUUGCGAUGCAGCGGUUGCUUGGAUGCCCAGUGCAGUUCCUAACCUUAAGAGCUGGGUACGGGGCUUGGCUUCGACCUCUACAUAUGCCGAGCGCUCGUGGCGCGAUUUAUCAAAGGGCCGAUGGGAGGCCAAAAAUCAUGGCCUUGGCAAAGAUGCGGUUAUGAGGCCCCCGUCUGGCGAGGAAAAGACUUUGGCCCCGGUUCCAAAACCGGCGAAGGACAACAAAAGAAAAAGGGCCUCUACCUCUGAGGAUCCAACACUUAAGACAAAGACGGCUCGUUAGCCGAGGAAGAACACCAUCCCUUUGACCGAAGAAUCAGUUCGGCGUCUAAGGGAUGAAGUCGAAGAGGAAGAAGAAAAUGACGGGUCCAUACCGGUGGCCCAAGUGAAGAGAACCAUCGAUGCCCCAAAGGCAGCGGGGUCGAUGGCGUUUGAUGAGGCUCCAUCUCGAACUGAGGGGAUGUCGGAGAAGGACUCGGGCAAAGUCCCCGUGUUGUUGGAGAUCGAGGAUGCCUCCCACCGAAGUCAACAAACGGUGGGUAUAUCUGAAGGGGCCGACCCUGAAGCUCUUCGAACUGAGGAGAACUCCCCAAGCGACUCGUUUGGGCCAAUAGUAAUCGGAGACGCGCCUACUCUCCCUGCUUUUUCCGAAGGGGCGAUUCGGGAAGCCCGAGCAUUGGGGACCCUCUUGGUAGACGAGGCCCAUGAGGGAGAGGACCCCUUUCGCGAUUUGUUUACCGGUAUUGAGGAUGCUGCCGGCCCGAGUGACGCGUCGAGUCUUUUCUUCGAGGUUCAACGAACCCUGAAUCGGGCAAGUCUCGAUUCCCUUUGUUGAUGUCAUGUUUUUCUAUUUUCUGCUUAACUUUUUCUCUUUUUCGUAUAGGCUUUAGCUCUUCAUCAAGAGGAGUUUUCCAAGUCUCGAACGGAACUGAGCCGACGUGAGGCCGACUUUCGAGGGCUUUCGGAAGAGAGAAAUGCCCUCAAACUUCUUAAUGGACAGAAAGAGGAAGAGAUCAAAGAUCUCCGAGCUGAGUUGGCCAAGGCAUACCAAGAUUAGACCGACCUGACCGAGCAGGUAAUGAUAAUCUUAAAAACUCAUGGGCUCGAUUCGGGAACGGUGGCUAAUAUUUCGAUCUCAUAGCUGCAACAGAAGCUUGAGGUGAUCGGGUUGCUUCGUGAGGAGGUCGAUACGAUAAGGGCUGAGACCUUGGGGUGGAAAGAAGGCAUGGACCGCCUCGCUGUAGAAAAAGAGACCGCUCGAGCCCAAUUAUCAUCGGCCGAAAGACAACUUCAAGGCAUGAAGGAGAAGAGCUCGGUUCAAGCAAGAAAAAUAGAGGAGCUCGAGGCUCGGUUGGCUUUCGAACUUGCCAAGGCCAAAUCUGAAACCGAAAAAGCAAAGGCUGAGGCGGAUGCAUUCGUGGCCGUCUAUCGGGCCGAUGCUGAAGCCACUCAAGUGCAAGCAAAAAAGGCAGCCGAGACCGCUCAAACUCGAGCAUAUUGGGUUGUUGAACUCGCCAAAUGCCAAUCUCGGAGGGAAACCCUC